AUGACGACCUACAUCCCCACCCUGACCCUUCCCACCUUCAUCUUUGAGAAUCCCGCCGUCUCCAUCCUGCUGCCUGUGGCCUGUGGUACAGCAAUUGGGUUUUCCAUCAGCCCAAGCAUGACGAAAAGCACAUACAGCAAGUUGAAGCAACCACCUUACCACCCACCGGGCUGGGUGUUUGGACCAGCAUGGACAACUCUCUACGCCACAAUGGGCUACGCCGCGUACCGUGCCUGGACAAUUGGCACGUCUUCUCUGAACCCUGAAACCGUUGCUCUGACAAAGCAAGGAGCAACCCUCUACACUAUCCAGCUCGCUCUGAACCUCAUCUGGACGCCUCUCUACUUCGGCAUGGGCCGCCCCAAGGCUGCAACGGCUGACAUUCUCGCUCUCGGUGGUGUCGUAAGCUAUCUCGCCUACACCUGGGGACAGGUCGAUCCUGCCUGUGGAUGGCUGCUCGCCCCAUACCUGGGAUGGUUGAGCUUUGCCACUUAUCUCUGUGUUGGAUCAGGACACCUGAACAACUGGGACUUUAGCGGCGCGUUCAAGAAGGAGUAGAGGAAGACUUUGAAUCAUGCGGAACGGCAAAUAAGCUAUAAGACGAAGCUGUACAACUAAUCAGAGAG